AGUCUCAACUCUCUCCUCAUGUCACCCAGACCUGCUGCCUCCAGGAGUCUCAACUCUCUCCUCAUGUCACCCAGACCUGCUGCCUCCAGGAGUCUCAACUCUCUCCUCAUGUCACCCAGACCUGCUGCCUCCAGGAGUCUCAACUCUCUCCUCAUGUCACCCAGACCUGCUGCCUCCAGGAGUCUCAACUCUCUCCUCAUGUCACCCAAACCUGCUGCCUCCAGGAGUCUCAACUCUCUCCUCACGUCACCCAGACGUAUAUCAGGUUGUCCUGUGGCUAUCAAGAGAGUGGGCAGGAACAAGAGGAUCUCUCUGGCAGCUGCCGCCAUGACAGCCUUGGAAUCAGACCCCUCCAGACUCCAAGGGCCUUCGCCCUCCUCCUGCUCUCCCUCGUUCAUCCAUCCCCUCCGCCUGUUCCAACUGUCACCCAUCAAGAUCCCCUUUCGCCUGUCUCCACCUGGCCCAGGUAAACAAACUCCUGUGAUGCCUGGCUGAAAUGCACCCCAUUGCCACUUUUAACCACGGCCCACAGAGCUCUGGUCUAAAGUAAUGCACUAAAUAGGGAAUAGGGGGCCAUGUGAUAAGUUGUGCACUAAAUAGGGAAUAGAGGGCCAUUUCAGAUACAACCUCUGUUUAGCUAAUCCAGGAUGUGUGUCUGCAGUCUGUUGAUGUGUUUUAGGUUGGUGUUGUUUAAGGUCUGUGUCUAUUGACCCAACUGCAGGGUUUUCUGGCAUCAUUAUUACCAGCAGGUCUUUAACUAAGUGUGUUACUGUGUGUCCUAAUUGGUGAAUUGUAAUUGCAAAUAUGAGGUAUUGUGCGAAUGGUAACAUUAUACAGCUUUGUUUUCUAUUGUAUUUAAUACAGAAUCUUUCUUUGAACUACAACAGGCUUCUUUCUACAUUGAAUUUUAUAGUAGUUCAUGCGAGAAAGGUUUUUAUUUUUGCCAGCAGUAUUAGGGUCAUGGUUGAUAUAUGAAGCAUCCUCAUCUUCAAAUGCAGACUGGUCUGUUACUACCUGGACAGUUGGGUUACUGUAUAAUGAAUGGUCUGUUACUACCUGGACAGUUGGGUUACUGUAUAAUGGUCUGUUACUACCUGGACAGUUGGGUUACUGUAUAAUGAAUGGUCUGUUACUACCUGGACAGUUGGGUUACUGUAUAAUGAAUGGU